UUAUCGAAAAGUAUAGAAAAACUUUGGGAGAGUCUUAUUGGACGUACUUGUAUUGAAACCUUAAAACAACAUUGAAAACAUAGAACAGAUUUCACUAUGGACUACCAAACUUGAAAUGUUCAGCAAUCAGAGGCCUUAAGAUCCAUCCAGAUUGCGAACAUAUCGUGUACCCAAUGGGCAACAAAGUUUGCAUCCAAGAGUGGAAGACAAAAAAGAUGUACUUCCUCAGCGGACAUUCCAACAGCGUGUCGACUGUAGCAAUUUCCCCAAAAGGAACCUACGUAGGAUCUGGUCAAAUUAAUCAUAUAGGAUUUAAAGCGUCUGCAAAAGUGUGGGACUUCAACAAACGGGUGCAAGUCGGCAGUCAUGAGUUGCACAAAGUGCGCGUGGAAGCCCUAACGUUCUCCUCUGACGAGCGCUACAUGAUAUCUCUAGGUGGGCGGGACGAUGGCUGCGUGGUACUGUGGGACUGUCUGGCUGGAGCCGCCACUGGUACGGCAGCCGCUGCCAAACUCACAACUGGAGAUGCCAUAACCCUGACAGCAUUGAAUUUGAGAGCUAAUUCUUAUGUUACUGGAGGAGACUCGAACCUCCGCGUGUGGAACAUUCGCGCGGAGAGCAAGAACUUGGACGUUGUGGACGUGUCUCUGGGCAAACUGCGCAGAACCGUCCGCUGCAUCGCCAUCAGCAGGGACGACGCUUUCGGAUACGCUGGUACUACCACGGGUGACAUGAUUAAGUUCUCCAUAAAUUACCCGCCUGACCCCUUCGCUUCCAUCGCCCAUUGCAAGCCGGCGCUACUGGGGUGUCUGGCUAAAUGUGGUCCGUGGAAGAGAGGCAGGAAACCGGAUUCAAUUUGCUAUAGUCAAGGAAUAGAAUCGAUUCUGAUAAUGGACGACGGUUGUUUGAUUGUUGGCGCCGGAGAUGGCACCAUCGACAUCCUGGACGAAAUAAACUGGAAGGGCAGCUUCCCCAAAGGCAAGAUAUUGAAUCCGAAUAUACCGCACUUUAAGGCUUUGAAAACAACAAAAUUAGAGGGGAGCAUCACAUCGUUGGAGUUGAUGGAGUCACCGAAGCUCCAAGGCGCAAAGCGUCUCCUCCUCGCCGGCACGAGGACCAGCGAGAUAUACGCCAUAGACAUCGGCACGUUCGCUCCCGCCCUCGUGGUCACGUGCCAUCGGUGCGCCAUCAACGACAUCGCUUUUCCCAGAGGCAUGUCGGGCGUGUUCGCGACGGGCGGCGCGGGCGACGUGCGCGUGUGGGCUCGCGACACGUGCCAAGAGCUACUCAGGAUCGUGGUGCCCAACUUCACGUGCUCCGCUCUGCUGUUCUCCGGGGACGGCAAGUCUAUUGUUUCCGCAUGGAACGACGGUAACAUAAGAGCGUUCACUCCCCUUACCGGUCGACUGAUGUACUGCAUCUACAACACGCACAAUAAAGGCACUUCGGCCUUGGACAUGACUAAUGACGGCAGGACUCUAAUUUCUGGUGGAUGCGAGGGACAGGUGAGAGUGUGGGACAUAAGGCCCGAGAGUCAGACGUUGAAGAAGGUGCUGAAAGAGCACAAGUCCCCCGUGUCCGCUAUACAAGUGUCGCCCAACAACACGGAGGCGGUCAGCGCCGGCACCGACGGCUCCUGCAUCAUAUGGGACCUCGUGUCGCUGUCGCGUAGGCAGGUGAUGUACGCGAACACGCUGUUCAUGUGUGUGUGCUUCGAGCCGCGAGGGUGCCAGCUACUCACCGGGGGGACCGACCGCCGGGUCGCCUACUGGGAGACGGCCAGCGGGAACCUCGCCAGAGAACUCGAAGCGAGUAAAGCCGGCGCAAUCAACGGGCUCGAUAUAUCUAGCGACGGGGAACUGUUCGUCACCGGCGGGAAUGAUCAGAUGGUUAAGCUGUGGCGCUACCAGGAGGGCGUGUACACGCACGCGGGGCUGGCGCACGCGGGCGCCGUCACGUGCUGCCGGUUCUCGCCCGCCGGAGACUGCGUCGUCAGCUGCUGCUCCGCCGGAUGCGUCAUCGUGUGGAAAGUUCCAGACCAAUACAUUACAAAAGAUCGAGCACCCGCGGAUAGGAAAAGCAUCACAGAAUCUCCGAAAACAUUGCAAGAUGAAUUAAAACUGCCUCUGUCUGAGAAGACCAAGGGGUCUGGCGAUCGACAGUUUAAAUUGCCUGGUGCUCCAUCUAAGGUGGAGAAAAUAGAAGCCAUGGACACAAGCCGAAGCAGCAUCCACUCGUGCUGUCCCUGCGAGGCUACGGCACGAUCCAGCAACAAAACUCCCCCGAAAAACAGCGGGGUUAAGUGCUGCAAGCCUCCAGACGACCUGCCCACGAGGACCACAAGCAAGCAAUACGUGAACGGUGACAAGAAAUGAAGACUGACUUUUUUAAAUAUUUACUUUAAAUUCUUUCUUAAAUAAAUAAAAC